AUGGACUCCUUCGCCGCCGCAAAGCGACCCCUCCCCCAGCUCCCGAAGCAACCCCCGCCGGAGAAGAAAUCCGCCGCCGUCCGCCGCUCCCGGAAGGGCUGCAUGCGCGGCAAGGGCGGCCCCGAGAACGCCCUCUGCACCUACCGCGGCGUCCGGCAGCGCACGUGGGGCAAAUGGGUGGCCGAGAUCCGCGAGCCCAACCGCGGCGCCCGCGUCUGGCUCGGCACCUUCAACACCUCCCUCGAGGCCGCCCACGCCUACGACGACGCCGCCAGACGCCUCUACGGCGCCGCGGCCAAGCUCAACCUCCCCGCCACCGACUCCGGCGACCGGCCGGCGAAGAUUUCGGCGGCGGGAUCUCCCUCCGGCGGCGACUCGGUGGUGCCGGAGUAUUACGAAGACUACUAUCGAAGCGAGAGUUCGGUGGUGGACGAGGCGCGGGGCAUGUGGGAUAUUCCAGUGGCGCCGACGCUGCUGGAUGAGAAGCUGCAGGGUGUGAACUGGCCGGAAUUUUCGCCGGAGAGUUUUAGUACAUAUGAUUUUAUGGGGGAUUCUCGAGUUCCAUGGACUUUCUAG